GGGAUUCCUUUGCUUUUAUAAGGAAAGCGCUGCCCUGAAAUUCGCCUUUACAAGGGGGGUUGGAAAUGUUUACACUUUUGUAUCUAUUCUCCCUUUAACGAAAGCUUACCUGGAGUGGGGGAGUGGAGACAGCAGAGGGUGAGAGGAACUAGAGAAAAUGGAGACAGGAGCCACCCUCGGGAGCCGUGGUCACGGAAAUAAGCAAAAGUAUUAACAACAAAAAAAUCCAUGCUUCUGUGAUGUUACUUCCCGCAGUCCCGACACAACGGUCUGACCAGAGGCCGGACGGGCUCCCCUGGACCGGUUGCGCCCCGGUCCUUUCUCAAACGCCAGCGGCUCCUUUAAUAGGCGGGGCCGGAGCCAGCGACGAGUCCCCUGCUUUGUACGUGUCGGGGGCGGAGUUCCCAGACGGCCCUUGCAGCAUGGCCGCCGGCGCCGCCGCCGCCUUAGCGUUCCUGAGUCAGGAGAGCCGAGCCCGGGCCGGAGGGAUCGGGGGUCUGCGGGUCCCGGCUCCGGUCACUAUGGACAGUUUCUUCUUCGGCUGUGAGCUCUCCGGCCACACCCGCUCUUUCACCUUCAAGGUAGAAGAAGAGGAUGAUUCGGAGCAUGUGCUGGCUUUGACCAUGCUCUGCCUCACUGAGGGGGCCAAAGAUGAGUGUAAUGUGGUAGAAGUCGUGGCCAGGAAUCAUGAUCACCAGGAGAUUGCAGUCCCUGUAGCCAACCUCAAGUUGUCCUGCCAGCCCAUGCUCAGUUUGGAUGACUUCCAGCUCCAGCCACCUGUAACCUUCCGCCUGAAAUCAGGUUCUGGCCCUGUGCGGAUCACUGGGAGGCACCAGAUUGUUACUAUAAGCAAUGACGUUUCUGAGCAAGAAGAGAGUGAAGAAGAAGGUAGUGAGCAGGAGGAAGCUGAGUGGUGCCCCAUCCUGCCUGCCAAGAAGCAGGGGGGUAGGCCCUAGCCUCCUUGGAUUGGGAGGAACUCUGAACUUCUGUCCUCACCCUCUCUCCCCACUUGCCUAUGAGAUUGGAGAUCAGCAUCUGAAGCUCAGGACUGCACAUUUUUAAUACUUUUUACAUUUUUGGAGAAAGGUUGAAAUAAAGUGAUACGGAGUUUUUUGCAA